AGUCUCUCCCCUGUUCCCUCGAUGCCUCUAACAAGAAAUCUCUCCAUUCCCUACUUUCGGGUUCUGCUCUGAGUACUUGAUUUGAUUGAAUUGGCUCUCCAAAUCUUCAGAACCCAUAUUUCAAAAUUCGAUUUUGGUUUCUUUUAUUUUCCCUGCUAUAUUCUUUGACUACAUUGAAGCUGGGUCCUCCGAGUCUUGGACUUGGUUCGUUUUGAUCAGCUUCUCCAUCCAUCUCCUUUCUCUGCUUACAGCACCUAAAAGGUCUCUGUUUAUCGGAUGGAUAGAUUCACUAAUGAUUUUGAUGGUACUCCAAUCGGAGAAAGUCCAGACUCGAGGCUCGAGGGACAACCAUGGAAGCCAGUUUUUGAUGAAGCUUCCAUCUCAAAUCGGCCGGAGAGUCAGAUCCUGCAUCAGCCCUCUGCUUCUCUCAAUGUGCCUUGCCCUCCUUCAUCUUCUUCAGGAAUCACGUUUCCCUUCGCCCUUGAUGAAUCUCCGUACCAAUCUGCAACCACGAAUAAUCAACUUAUGAAAUCUUUCGCAUGCCCACCAUUUUUAGCAUCAGAGUCAGAACGUGAUCAGCAUCAUCAUCAUCAUCAGCAGCAGCAGCAGCAGCUUCCACCAUUACAUACGACUAAGCUCUACAGGGGAGUCAGGCAACGCCAUUGGGGCAAAUGGGUGGCUGAGAUUCGUCUUCCUAACAGUAGAAAUCGCCUCUGGUUAGGCACAUUUGAUACUGCAGAAGAUGCUGCUCUGGCUUAUGAUCGCCAGGCCUUUAAGCUCCGAGGACAGAAUGCUCGGCUCAAUUUCCCCGAGCUCUUUCUCAAUAAAGUUCCAUAUUCAACUGCUGCUUCUUCCUCCUCCUCCUCAAAGCAGCCUGAACCAGCAGGAGAGAAGCAAGAAGUUGCUAGAGAUAAUGCAGCAGAGAAAGGGGUUUCAGAGGAGCAGAAAUUGGUUUUGGGAGACAUGGAAGCUUGGUACAAUGCGAUUCCACAAGGUUGGGGACCUGAGAGCCCUGUGUGGGAUGAUUUAGACCCCACCAACAACCUUCUGUUUCAGUCACAGUUUCCUUUUGGAAAUCCAAGCCAGCAAGAAUUUCAUGAUGUUAAUGAAUAGUGCUCGGAGACAAGAAGACAAGACAGGACCAGAUUGUUGUUCCGCUUCGUCCUGUGAAGAUGGAUGUUUCCCUUUAAAAAAUGAAACCUUUUGGAACUUCAAAACUCUGCAUCUUGUGUAAGCUAGAUACAGCUGACACACCAGAAGCUUCUGCAGUGAUAGGACUGCAUGAUUUUGUUUCCGGGCCUUUCAGGACACAGGCGAGAUCAGGCCCCUUGAGGCUUAUGAAGAUUUCAGGUGGGCAGUUCACUAGUUUGUAGUUAAGAGCAUGGGCAUGGCAGAAGGAGACGUUUUUGUGGUUCCCUUCUCUAUUCAUUUUUCAGUUCCAUUGACUCAUUGUCGUGUACGAGCAAUUAAGUACU